UGGAAACAGAAACAGAAGCGAGAGGGAGGAUUAAGAUUUGAGGCUCGUACUGUGGAGGGAAUAACAGGCAGGAUUUUAUCCAAAACAGUUCAUGAGCUGAAGGUUUAAAAGUUAACUUUUACUUUGUGAAGAUAAUCAGCAAUGACCCAGCAAGGAGCUGCACUGCAGACCUACAACAACGAGCUGGUCAAGUGUAUAGAGGAGCUGUUCUGCAAGAGGGAUGAGCUGAAUAAGCAGAUCCAGCUGGAGGAAGAUGAGAAGUCUCGUCUCCAGCAUGACAUCCAUUUGCUUACUGAGAAGUUAAACCGCGUGUCCGAAAGUCUGGACCGCCGCCUCGCUACACGGAGAGAACUAGACCGAACCAUCGCUGAGACAGAAGCUGCAUACAUGAAGAUUCUAGAAAGUUCUCAGACCCUGUUAAGUGUUUUGAAGAAGGAGACCGGGAACCUCGCCAAAGCCACAGAACCCAGGAGCAACAAAGACCGUUUACCGCUAUAGCAGUCUCCUUUUGUGUUCGUGUUGACACCAUGCAGCAUUUAACCCUUUCAGUUCUUGGUAUUUUAAAACCGUAUUCAUUUUCUGUAAAUUGUAUUGUAUUUAAAUUUCAUAUUUUUAAUAAAGGUUAUUUC